CGCACACAGGAAAACGUUUCCUGUCAGCGGAGCACGGUAGGAUACCGCUGAGAGCUGUUUUUGUUUUAGCCUCGGAACGCCUCAUUUUCCUCCUUUAUCAGCCGUGACUCUGGCCCUGCAGGCGACCAGCUUCGGUGUUUCCCAACUGAAUUCGUAAAAUGGGGUCAAAUAGCUUCAGUUUGGGCAGCUUUUCGAGUUGUCUGUUAAUCUGCGUCACUCUGUGGAGCGAGCAAAGCUGCGGGUUGUUUGGCCAAUCCAACCGGAGACCAAACAUCGUUUUAAUCCUCACCGACGACCUGGACAUCAUGAUGGGCGGCUUGAACCCACUGAGCAAGACCAAAAAGCUAAUUGGUGACGCCGGGAUAUCCUUCACAAACGCAUUUGUCGCCAGUCCUCUCUGCUGCCCGAGUCGAGCCAGCAUCCUGACGGGGAAAUACCCGCACAACCACCACGUCAUCAACAACACGUUGGAGGGCAACUGCAGCAGCACAGCCUGGCAGAAGAGCGAGGAGCCUCAAACUUUCCCCGCUUUGCUGAAGACCUACGGAGGCUACCAGACCUUCUUUGCAGGGAAAUACCUCAACCAGUAUGGACACCCUGGUGCUGGUGGAGUGGAGCAUGUUCCGCUAGGCUGGAGCUACUGGCUGGGACUGGAGAAGAACUCCAAAUACUACAACUACACUCUGUCGGUGAACGGCAAGGCUCAGAAACAUGGCGCGGACUACAGCAAAGACUACCUGACGGAUGUGCUGGCCAACAGGUCUUUAGAGUUCCUCCAAUAUAAAUCCAGCUACCAGCCGUUCUUCAUGAUGGUGUCCACGCCGGCCCCCCACUCCCCCUGGACGGCAGCUCCUCAGUACCAGGGCAGCUUCAACAACACCAAGGCUCCCAGAGACCCCAACUUUGAUGUCCAUGGGAAGGACAAACACUGGUUGAUCCGUCAAGCUAAAACUCCCAUGACCAACUCCUCGGUUCAGUUCCUCGAUGAUGCCUUCAGAAAACGGUGGCGAACUUUGCUGUCAGUGGACGAUCUGGUGGAGAGCAUCGUGAAGAAGUUGGAGGCCAGAGGUGAACUAGAGAACACCUACAUCUUCUUUACUUCUGAUAACGGCUACCACACAGGUCAGUUCUCUCUGCCGCUGGACAAACGGCAGCUGUACGAGUUCGACAUCAGAGUUCCUCUCAUGGUCAGAGGACCAAACAUCAAACCCAACCAGACCAGCCAGCUGCCGGUGGCGAACGUCGACCUCGGGCCGACCAUCCUGGACAUCGCUGGCUAUAACGUCAACAAGACCCAAAUGGACGGCAUGUCCUUCCUCCCCAUUAUGCAAGGGAAGAUAAACAGCAGCAGCUGGAGGACAGACAUCCUGGUGGAGUAUGAAGGAGAAGGACGCAACGUUUCGGACCCGGCCUGCCCGCUGUUGGGACCAGGAGUGUCGGAAUGUUUUCCCGACUGUGUGUGCGAGGACUCGUACAACAACACUUAUGCCUGCGUGCGCACCGUUGCCCCCUCUGCUAACCUGCAGUACUGCGAGUUCGAUGACAACGAGGUGUUUGUGGAAGUGUACAACAUGACCGCAGACCCCUACCAGCUGAGCAACAUCGCAAAGACCAUUGAACAAGAAGUACUGGAGAGGAUGAACCAUCGGCUGAUGAUGCUGCAGUCGUGCUCUGGGCAGACAUGUCGAACACCUGGCGUUUACGAUCCAAGUGUUAGGUUUGAAUUUAAUCCCCGGCAGAUGUUUUCAAGCCACAGCUGGAGGCUCGGCAGACUCAGACCCAAGUAAAAACGACAAAACUUCAGGAUUACAGAAGAAGUCCUUUUCCUGCUGCCACUGCCUUGUUUUUGACCCUCCGUCUUCUCUGAAUGGACAGAGAAGGGAUCAGGUGGGUUAGGGUCUCUGGGAGCCAUAUUCAGCUCUAAACCUCUGGUUUCUCUUCAUGUUUGUGAAACAGAUUAUUGCUGAAGACUUAAAGCAUCAAUUUAAAUCGCGUCUCCUGUUCAGCACGUCUUUACUGAACUGUUUGGAUUAUCCACAGGCAGUAGAAAGUUUAAUCAUAACAGUUUUUUCUCCAACUGCAUUUCAAUGUUUAACCUAGGGGGAAAAAAACUGUUGCCUUAAAUUUCCUGGAGCCUUUCAGAUUAAGAUUUAAUCACAGCAAAGGUAGUUUAAAAUGGCAAUCUUAUUUACAGAGAAGGAAAGGAGCAUCUCGCCUGUAUUAGAUACUUUGUCUUUAGUAUAAAUCCAGAUCAGUUGGCUGAAGCUGACAAGCUAGUCUGAGAGGGGCCAAAGUGGACUUCUUUUGUCUUAAAACAAAUGUGGUCUGAAAAAAAUAAGCAAUAAGAAGCAAAGUUGAAAAGGAGACAGUGAUACACACCUGAAUCUAAACUGCCUCAUCAGUAUGCAGUCAAGCUCGCCAGAGCUUCAACGUGCUAAUAUGUCUCAGGGGUGUUGAGGCAUCUAAAAGUUGCAGGACUGGAGUUUGAUAAUACUUUAUGUAUUUGGUUUAUCAUAUCUUCAUUAGUGCAGACUGAGUGUCUGCAUUGGUUGACAUCUGAUGAAGGAUUGGUCAUGGUUAGUUUAUAAAUGGGAUCCAGGAUUCAAAUACUUGUCCUGCAAACUGUUUAGAUAAACUAAAAAGAAGGCAGCCUGGUUUUAGCUGUAGGAGAAAUUACUACAAAAUGAGGUGUGUAGAAAAGUGACGCUGCAGUCUGGACCCAUGCAUGUAGAAGCAUGACGUUAUUAAACAAGUAAUUUGUAAGAUUUGAAAGAUGACGGUACCUGCUGUAGCAGAAUCAGAUCAAAACAAACGGAGACGUCAAUCCAGCAGUGAUUGGAAAGGAACAGACCGGCGUUAAAGCUCCUAUGAUUUAAGGAAGAGAGGUGUGGAGGCACAUUAAAGUUUUAAUCGCACUGGCUGAUUAGGAUGCUUCCUACUUGUAACCUCUCCACAGCACCCCAGCUAAAAAGCUUAAUUUAGCACAACCACUCUGCUCUAAAUCCAUUAACAGUGUAAUGCAGCUCAGUGUUGUUCAGUUUGGUGCAUUUUAUCCAAAACUUUCACAUUUUAUCAUCAAGUUAACUUUGCCUAAUCAGUGAUUGUGCUGCCAAGUUAAAAUUUUUGGUAAAUUAGAAAAACAAUUUUAACUUUCAAAAUGUCAAAUUUAGUCUUUUUUAUCUGUUUUUAAUUUAAAGUUUUGAUCUGGGACAUUAUUUAAUCUUUAAGGGAAUUUUCUGGUUUAAUUUAUUAGCAUUUUAAAGUUACAGUUUUAGGCUCCAUCAUAUUGUGAAGUAUAAACAGUUUUCUGUCCUUUUUAAAUGGUGAAAUGCUCCUUUAAAACUGCAACUGCAUCAUUAUUUUAAGAGGGGGCGUAAAACCUGAGAAUCACAUCCAGAAAAGGUUUUCCAGCUGUUACUAAUGUUUUUCUUGAGUAUAAUGCAAACUUGUUUUUCUUUCUUCAAGAUGCACUUUUAAACGUGUCAGAGAUUUCAUGUAUUUUUCUCGUGUUUUUGUCCAAAUAAAGAAAUUUUCACUGUU